AUGUCGGACCUCGAUUGCAGCGUGUGCCUGGAGCGCUAUGACACGACAAAGCACCGUCCGAUCACGAUCAACUGUGGGCACACCUUUUGCGGCGAGUGCGUGAUGAAGAUCAUGUAUCCGGGGCGUCAGCAAGGUUCCAACCAUCAAGGCCAUUGCCCGAAUUGUCGAGUUGUGAUCAUGAACACCGCGCCAAACUACACACUGAUAGGAAUGCUCGACAAGCCGAUUGACAUCAAGGGCAGCGGCAACUCACAGCAUUCCUCUAAAAAUACGGCCGAUUCCGAAGAUACCUUGGACUUGCUUCGCCUGCAACUUGGAAAGCUGUUAAGCCAGAACGAGCAGACGAAACCGGUGGUGGAUGAGGCAGCUGAGAUGCGUGCUCAAAUCGAGCAGCUGAGGAAGAAGCUGGAGGAGCAGGAGCACCGGCAGCAGCUCACGGAAUUAAGAGCAAGAGUCGCGGAGCUGGAAUAUAAAAAGGGCCCGGAGAGGCAAUCGAGCAGCACGGAAAAGACAACUCCAAAGUCGAAAGCUAAAAGGCAAAAUGUUGCAUCAGAUUCGGACGAUGAGCCGGAAGGGGAUCGAUCUGUCGCCACCGUCAACAAGAAAACCGCCUUUAUACGAGGAUUGCCAGCAAGUGCCACUGAGAAGCAGAUAAAGGCCCUUACGAAUCCGUAUAAUACACCGGGCGGCCAGAUUCGGAUCAAAAUGUACUCGCCGAGCUCGCUGGGGCAAUGUCUCGUCACUUUCGACGCGAUUCAGACGGCACAGCAGUUUAUCGCCGCUCAAAACGGGAAAAACUUUCCGGGCAGUGCCUCCCCGAUGAACAUUUGUCAUGGGACAUUUGGGGGUGAGCGUGCGCUGCCCGAUGGGUUGGUGGCGGAUCGGAAGAAAGUAUUCAUCCGGAACCUUCCACCUUUUGUCGACGAGAAAUUGGUUCGAAACAAGAUUUUGGGGGCGACUAAUCCAAAAGCCAAACUCUCCGUCCGCAGAAACAAAGACGCCGCCACAUGCAUUAUCGAAUUCGGCAAUUUUGAGGCGGCUAAAAAGAUUGUCGAUUCGUGGAAUGGUAAACAAUUUCCGGGCUCCCAUUUCCACUUGAACGUCGAUUUUUGGAGGAUUUUGGGCGAGGAGCAGGGUUCUGCGCCUGCUCCAAAGACUCAGAAUCCCAAGCCAGUUCCGCAGGGCUCCGGAAUUACGGCUGGAAAAUUUCCGGGGAAGGUGCAACAGGUGGCAGCCCGUCCAGCUAUUGCGACGAAUGCUGUACCCCAAAAUCGCCACAACGCCCCUGUAAUGCCCCAGAAGGGCCAACCAAAUGCAAAGCAAUCCCAAGAAAACAUAACAACAAACAACAAAAACAAAGAAAAAGACAACGCGGGGAAUUCGCAGAAUCAGAACAUUGUCGGAAAAGCCGUAUUCAUUCGGAAUUUGCCGCAAGAAGCUACUCCAAUGGAUCUGAUCGCGUUGUUCCAUGGGAAGGCUCGAAUUGCCAUCAGGAAUGGAAGGGAUCAAAUACAAUUCUUCCCCGGCAAGGGCCCGUUCCAGCUGGCAAAAGUCGAGUUUGAGUCGAAGAAGGAGGCCGACGCGAUCGUACGCCUCUUUGACGGGACGAAGCUGCCGAGCUCGAGCCGUGUGCUGUCGAUGUGCAUUUGGGAACCACAAAAGCCGAAGUCCUCGACCUCAACCUCGGCCUCAACCUCCACAGCAAAUCCAGCCUCAAUAGAUAUGCGCCGUAUCGUGGAGGUCUCGAAUCUACCUCCGAAAACUGUCGUCAACGACGUGGUAGCACUUUUCCACGUUCACGCCAAGAUCGAGAUGGAUCCCAGGGGCUUUCCAAAAGUCGUGCUCAAGAAAACCGGCAAAACUCAGCAGGCCACCAUCACGUUCAAGGAGGCCGACGGGGCAUUGAAGGCCUGCUACCUCUUCGGCGGGCAACACUUCACCGACGCUACCGGGGGCUCAUCGAUUAUCAAAUUGACAUCUUUUUAUAUU